AUGUAUUGUAAUGGCCGCCGAUCUAUUUAAAAUCUGAGAUCCUAAAGUGGACGUGUAUUACUAUUUACGCUCUUAGGGAUUUUAUUUCUGUCUCUUAUAAAAUGAAAUAUAAAAUAACUAUUUUUCUAUUUUAACCAACGAAAUGUCAAAGGGGCAGGAAGAAGUCAAUGCAGUGAAAAAUGGCCCCGUAAUCUUGCAAGGCCAAGCUCACGGGCAUUCGCCUUGUGUGUCCGACUCGUCUGACGUUGAUGAAGAUAUUGACGAGGAAGCUGCGUUGGAGUAUAUUCUCAGAGGAAAACAAGACUUCUUGACAUCAAAACUUAAAUUGCCCAAUGGAUCAACAGGAAAUGCUAAUGAUGUGCAGACUAAAAUUGAUCCUGAUACACAAGCCAGACUUGAAGCUCUAUUAGAAGCUGCAGGUGUUGCAAAGUUGGCUGAUGGUAAGGCAUUUGCUGAUCCAGAUGUAUUGCGUAGGCUUACUUCAUCUGUAAGCAGUGCUUUGGAUGAGGCUGCAGCUGCUCUUACGAGAAUGAGAACGCAGAAUAACGGUGUUCCUUCAUCACCUAGUCAUACAACAGACACUGGUAUUCACAGUCUGGCUAGUGCUUGUCUUGAAGGUAAUGUCAAUGCUGUUCGUAAACUUCUUGAACAAGGAUGGAGUGUCCAUGAUUCUACUGAUGAAGGAGAAAGCCUCUUGUCUUUGGCUUGUUCUGCAGGUUACUGUGAGCUUGCACAAGUAUUGCUUGCUAUGAAUGCUGGGGUGGAUGACCGAGGGAGUAAGGGCGAUUGUACACCACUCAUGGAAGCAUCAAGUGGUGGAUUUUUGGAUAUUGUUCAUCUACUUCUUGAUCGUGGAGCGGAUGUGAAUGCUCAAUCCCAGGCAGGUAACUCGGCCUUGAUCUAUGCUUGUUGCGGAGGUUACGAGGACGUUGUGAAAGUUUUACUUGAUCAUGGUGCAGAGAUUGAGUCUCAUAACGAGAAUGGUCAUACACCAUUGAUGGAGGCAGCAAGUGGAGGACAUGUUAAUGUUGCAAAGCUAUUGCUUGAAAGGGGAGCAUGUAUAAAUUCUCAUUCAAACGAGUUCAAAGAAAGUGCUCUAACAUUAGCAUGCUAUAAAGGUCAUGUUAAUAUGGUGAAGUUUCUUCUUGGUGCCGGUGCUGAUCAAGAACAUAAAACUGAUGAAAUGCAUACAGCUCUAAUGGAAGCAUCAAUGGAUGGUCAUGUUGAGGUUGCUCGUCUUUUAUUGGACCAUGGUGCAGAAGUGAACAUGCCUGCCGACAGUUUUGAAUCACCGUUGACACUUGCUGCAUGUGGCGGACAUGUUGAACUCGCUUCUCUUCUCAUCGAACGUGACGCUUUUCUGGAAGAAGUCAACGAUGAAGGUUAUACACCUCUUAUGGAAGCAGCAAGAGAAGGCCAUCUUGAUAUGGUCGCUCUCUUACUUGAUAAAGGUGCCGAUAUUCACGCUCAAACUGAUGAAACACAGGAAACUGCUUUAAGUUUAACGUGUUGUGGAGGUUUCCUUGAUGUGGCAAGUUUCUUGUUAGAACGAGGAGCAAAUAUCGAGCAAGGCUCGUCAACACCGCUUAUGGAAGCUGCACAGGAAGGUCAUGUUGAUUUAGUGAAAUUUCUUUUGGAAAAAGGAGCUGAUGUAAACUCGACGACAGCAACAGGUGAUACUCCAUUGUCGUUUGCAUGUGAGAAUGGUCAUACGGAUGUUGCAGAUAUUCUUUUAGAAGUCGGAGCUGAAUUGGAACAUAAAUCGGAGGGUGGACGGACGCCUUUAAUGAAAGCGUCCAGAGCUGGUCAUCUUUGUACUGUGCAGUUUCUCAUUUCACGAGGAGCUGAUGUGAAUCGUGCUACAACAAGCAAUGAUCAUACAGUGUUGUCUUUGGCUUGUGCUGGCGGUUAUCUUGCUGUUGUUGAGUUACUUCUUGCUCAUGGUGCCAAAGCUGAUCACAUAUUAAAGGACAAUUCAACAAUGCUUUUUGAAGCAUGUAAAGGAGGUCAUACGACCGUAGCCAAAUUUCUUAUGGAUACGCCCUUACAUGGAAACAAUUCACAAUACCGUUUUACAGCAAUCCAACCACCAUCGUCACCCUCUUCUCCACCACGUGUACCUCCAGUACACUCAUUAGAUCAACUAGAUCCUAACUUACCCCUUCUUGGUCUAAACAAUGCCCACGCUGAUUUUUUAUCCUCGUCAUCCAUCAUGGUUUCACCAGGUCUCCUUUCUACUAAUUUACAAAUGACGGACGAUAAAAUGGACUUUUUUACGAACAACUUCCUUACGGAGUUGGGACGUGAGAUACCUUUACCGGAGGAACAGCAACAUAUUGAGGCUAAACUAGCUCGUGCUAGGACUGAGGCUCUUGAAAACUCUCCUCCAUUACCAUUUCGAUUAGAAGCCGCUCCUGCUGAGGUAAAUAGCAUUGGAGAUGACGAGGAUUCUGAAGGAAGCGACGAUCGUGGUAGUCUUGGUAGUGCUUUUUCUGGACACUCAGACGAAGGUUCCCAUAAUGGGUUUUCCGGUCCGUCUUCAAUGCCACUGACACCAACGCCAUCACCUGUGCCUGUGAUUGACAUCGAGCAGCAAACCGACAGCAAUCACGAUACUGCAUUAUCAGUAGCUGCUGCUGGUGGACACGAUGAUCUCGUAAAAUUGUUACUGGAGCGUGGUGCUGUAUUGGAACAUAAGGAUAAGAAGGGAUGUACACCACUUAUUUUGGCCGCUACAGCUGGUCAUGCUUCAACGGUUCAGUUGCUGUUAGACAAUAAGGCAGAAAUAGAAGCACAAUCGGAUCGUACUAAGGAUACUGCAUUAUCUUUGGCAUGUUCUGGUGGUCGUCAAGAAGCUGUUGAAGUACUGAUUGGAGGAAAGGCGAAUUUUGAACAUCGUAAUGUUUCAGAUUAUACUCCAUUGAGUCUGGCUGCUUCAGGUGGUUACAUCGGGAUUGUAAAGAUUCUCCUCGCUAAUGGAGCGGAGAUCAAUUCUCGUACUGGUAGUAAACUUGGUAUAUCGCCACUAAUGCUAGCGUCAAUGAACGGCCAUGCUGCCACAGUUAAACUUCUGUUAGACAUGGGAGCUGACAUCAACGCUCAAAUCGAAACCAAUCGAAACACAGCGUUGACACUUGCCUGCUUUCAAGGCAGACAUGAAGUGGUCAGUUUGUUAGUAGAGAGAAGGGCAAAUAUCGAGCAUCGUGCUAAGACUGGAUUGACACCGCUCAUGGAAGCUGCUUCAGGUGGCUAUGUUGACGUUGGCAAAGUUUUACUUGACAAAGGUGCUGACGUAAACGCACCGCCGGUACCUUCGUCACGUGACACUGCACUUACAAUUGCCGCUGACAAGGGACAUCAUAAGUUCUGUGAUUUGUUAUUAUCUCGUGGUGCGUUAGUUGAAGUACGCAACAAGAAAGGAAGUACACCUCUUUGGUUGGCAGCUAAUGGAGGUCAUCAGGAAGUGUGCCAACUGCUUGCUCGGUAUGGUGCAGAUGUUAAUAGUCAAGAUAAUCGCAAAGUUUCAGUCCUUAUGGCAGCGUUCCGGAAAGGACACGUGAAAACUGUCAAGUGGAUUGUACGUCAUGUCACUCAGUUUCCGUCAGAAUCCGACUCGGCCCGAUUCAUCUCGACCUUACUAAAUGAUAAGGAGCUUUUGAAGAAAUGUCAGCAGUGUAUGUGUGUUAUACGUCAUGCAAAAGACCUGCAAGAAAAGGAAGCAGCUAAGAAUGCAUCGAUUUUGCUUCAAGAAGUUGACAUGGAGAAAGAAAGGGAAGAAGUUAAGAAGCAAGCAGCUGCAAGGAGACGCGAGAAGAAGAAAAAGAAAAAGAAGAAUAAGAUGGCCGGGAAGGAAGAGAACGACAAGAUGGCAGAAAAGGAAGAAGAUGGCGAGGAAGAUGAAGAUGUCGUUGUAACAGAACAAAGUGAUAAUGUUAACGAGAAAGAGAGAAAUCAAAAUACGGUGGAUGAAAGUUCCUGUAUGAUUGAGUCGUUGAAUGAUUCAUUGAGUCCUAGUGAAGAAAUUGUGAAGAAAGAAGAGAUGAAUACACUUUCUAGUAUUGCCAUUACAACUGCUUCUCUCACUGCAAAUGCAUCGAGCAAACUUGUGGAUAAAGAAAGCGCAGUUACUACGUCGGAGAUCACAAAAGUAGUCGCUUCAACCAUGUAUAGCAGUAAUGCUCGUAUAAGUGAUAUAUCACCUAUCACUAUAGCAACAGCUGCUGCUCAAUGUGUUACAGUGACGUUAACAACUACCACUGUUCCCAUCAUGGUUACUUCAACUUCACAUAGCCGUAUUAGAUCUUCACCUAGUUCCAGGAGGGUCAGGAAACAUGAAGAGGGAUGGAACGUUGUUCUCAGAAGAUCGAAGAAACUCUCUGUUCCUUCAUCCGUGAUAAGUCGUGUUAUUGGUCGAGGUGGUUGUAAUGUAAACGCAAUUCGUGAUGCAACUGGUGCGCAUGUCGAUAUUGAUACGAGCAAUCAGAAAGCCACUGGAACAUGCACUGUUACCAUAAAGGGAGCUGUGGAGGCAACGAAAGAAGCUCAUCAUCUUAUUCUCACGUUGAUCAAGGAUCCUGAAUGUGAUAUAAAUGAUCAUAUACCACGUUGUAAACAAGCUUUGGCCUCUCAUCGUCCCUACGACAUACCGGCUGCUAGCAAUCAUUUCACCGUUCAUGAUUCUUCACGUGUUUCAUCGAGCAAUGCUAGUAGUACAUUGUCCUCAAGUAACACUUCAUAUCCUACUGCUGUUGUAACAUCGUCCAGGGAUGUGUCUCGCUCUGAAAAGAAGUCUCGAUCACAUGGUGUUGCUGUGUCCUGUUCGCAUCUUCCCGGAAAUGCUCGGUGGGCGUCUCCAACUUACCAAACAUCCGGGAUAUCAGAUCAACCAUCGAGUAAACGAAGUAGUGUCUCGGAAGUCGAACCAAGUAAUUCUUCUCACGUAAUCUUGUCUUCCCGUUCAUCUUCUUCAAGGCAACUUCAUUUCUCAAAUGUAUCAUUACCUUCAGCUAAAGUACCAACCAAUCGUGUGAUGGCGUCUAAUUACCAAAACACCACUACCACUACUCAAGUCAAAACAACCAAAUCAAGCUCUUCAUCUGGCAAGCUCAUUGUAUCAUCAAAAAGCAACAUAACCACGUGUUCUGGUACCGUCUUGUCAAGUCGUGUAACGCCAUCAACCGUCGGGAUAACUUCGUCAACAACUCGUGUCACUGCGUCGUCUGAGUAUCGUAGCUCAAAGCAGCUCAGUUACUCUAACGUUGCAGGUGGUGUAGUACCUACAGUUUGUGAGCAAUCGUCAGGGAUUACGUCGUUGAAUGAUGGAAUGAGUGGUACACCACUUCCUCCUGCUAUCACCAAUAUAUUGUCACAGGUUUGUCAAACUCGAAGUCCUAUCGUUUGGAACGAGAGUUAUUACCCGAAGACAAAUCAUGACAUUGAGGAGUCAACAAUGAAUGCUUUGGGGGUAAACAUGGAUUUUACUCAACCGCUGUCUGUUGCUACAUCUGGAGGAAUAUUCAAACCCCUUCCUCACGAAGUAUCUCCACCUAUCGCGUCUAGCACUUCACCCAGCUCGAGCUGCUCACCUGUGGUGAAUACACCAUCACCACCAGCAAGCAUGACAACAACUAUAGAAGAGAAACCUAUUCAACCAAUAGGAACAGAGAGAGCUCAUCGUAGAACCAAUACUAGUCCUUCGCCAACGUUGACUGGUGUACCCCCUCUCAUUUCCACUGAGGGUUCUGGUGGAACUACGAAUAGCGUGUGGAGUUACUAUCCCAAUACGUCACCGUCUUCAGCUUGGCCGUCUGCAUCGCUUGACAACCAUCAUGGAAUGCCUUCGCCAUCAUUGGUUGCUUUGGAUACGUCUACAUCACCUAGACCCAUUCCCUCCUCGGCAAUUUCGUCAGUCGCUCGUCCCAUUGAUGGUCUUCAGGAGUUUUUGGAUAGACUUGGCCUCUCCAAUUAUCUCGUUCUGUUUCAGAAAAAUGAAAUCGAUCUGGAAGCUUUACUGUUGAUGAACGAAACAGACUAUGCUGAAAUUGGUUUACCAAAGGGUCCUAGUAACAAGCUGUUGGGCUUCAUACGACGAACAUACAAUUCUGCACAGUUCAGAAACGAAAUGAUUCGUCCGGCGGAUGUUAGGCAAACUACAUUACGACUAGCCUAUCCACGUACGGUACGCCCUCCUGUGCGAACAAAUUUUCACUGGAGGCAACCACUUCCACAGCGUUCUGUAUUGCAGCCUCACGCUUUACCAAAUGGUUCAAUUCCAAAUCGACCGGAGACGUAUAAUGGUGGUCAUGGUACUGGGAUGUGGAAUGCUUGGAGCAGAACGGCCAUUUAGAAGAUGCUGAGUUUUUGUUCGUAGAUUUUGUUGUUUUGUUGGUUGAUGGUAUUUAACAGUAUUAUCAUAAACAUGUAACAUGAACACUGUAUUGCCAGAAUACCCAGAUAAAAUUCAAACGAAACUUUAA